CUCACACGACCUAUCGUGCGUAGCUUUGUGAAAGCAUCGGAGUGAUCAACCGACUGCUGCCUCAGACUCAACACCUGGGGCCGGGCUGCGGAGCGCGUUCACGCAACCAAACUCAACCACGGGGCAUCAGUUACCAGCCGCUCGCACGCAGCCGCUGUAGCUAGCUCAAUUAAGGCCCGCUCGGCUUAGUCCACCGAGCGCCCAGCCAGCUGGGAAAGACCGCCCUCGCCCCCGGAGUCGCCAUCGACAGCUGACGAGCAGUCGACCGUCCGCCCUCUGGCCCUAGCGAGUGGCCGUCGCCAAAGCGCCUUCGGCGGCAGCAAUGCUGCGGCCGGCGCGCCCCAUUCCCUCGUGGAGUCAGACCGGGCGGCAACAGUACGACGGCGAGCGCGCCGGGCGGGCCAGGUUCAUGGUGGACGCGCACGGCUACACUGAGGAGCAGGCGGCGUGCGCCGACAUCAACAGCCCCUAUGCGCAGGACCCGCGCCUAAUCGCCCGCGCCCUCAUCCACGGCACGGCGGCUGGAGAGGCUGGCGCCGCGGCCGCAGCGCCCCAGUACGGGGCCGCCGGCCGCCGCGAGCGGCGCGGUGUGCCGGCCGCGGCGGCUGAGAGCGAGGAGCUGGGCCGCCUGCUGUUCCCCCGAGCCCGCACCCGGCGGCUUGACGAGACCGCCUCCGAUCUGGGGGGGCGGCGCGUGCGCAGGGCUGAGGAGGGACCGGACGGAGUGCUGGAGUACCUGGGCGCGCUGGCGCGGCCGCGGUACUUCCGCGUGCAGUGGAGUGACGGCGAGGAGCAGCAGCUGACGCUGGCGGAGGCGCGUCGGUUGCUCGCAGACUAGGUUGGCGGGGAGUGAGGAGGGUCGGGCAGGGGGCUAUUCAGAGGUUCACGAGGGAGAGGGCUAGGGGGGCGAGCGCUGGGGGGGGCAGUGGGCUUUGUGCAGCGGCUCGCAGCCUGUCUCCACCACGGCUUGGUCAGGCCUUGAGCGUCAGCCUGCCGCACCUACGCCAGAGGCGAUUCAGCGGACUGGGCUAUGGGAGGCAGUGAGCGGAGCCAGGAGCCGCCAUGGCCAUGCAUUGCCCCCAGCGGAAGGGCCGGGACAGCCGGCGCCUUGAGGAGUGUCAGCAUUUAGUAGGAGUAGCGAACGUACGGCUGUGGGGGCAGGUGGGAUUAGGCAGAGCAUGUUAGUUCAGGAGUAGGUAGGGUGCAGGCCCAAACCGCGGGACCAUAUGCGUGCGAAGUUAUGUGUGAGGCCCAACUACGGGACCUAAUGCGUGCCGUCGGUUGGCUGCGUGCGUGUGCUCGUGCCCUUGCUGUGCGUGCUGCCACCGGUCACUCGUACAACCAUGCCGUCGUUAGAACCCCGGACAUGUUUGUGGGGGGGACUUCAGCCCCCGGUGGCAGCCCUAGAGCAAAACAUGGCUGGGGCGUGACAGCUGUCGUGCGCCGUUGCCGGCGUGUGUCAUUCACCGGCAACCAGUGCCUGGGUAUGAGUCAUGAGGCGGUUAACAGUGUGUGAACUUGGGAGCGGGAAGUUACCCCAGCGGUUGAGAACUGGCGAGCUGUGGGUGGGUUGUGCGAACUACGUCUCGAUGUGUGGCUAGGGGUUUGGCGUCUGUGGUUUAGUUGUAGCCGUGUGACGGUGGUGUUUCUCUGGCUCUGGCGUCACCUUCGCCUGCACUGCGCAGGGCGAAGGCUCAUGGGCUCGUGUUGGGAGGCGUUGGGCAGCUGGUCAUGCGGGCGCUGAGCUGAGGAGGAGCUGCGUUGGGGGUCUGUUUGCCGUGGUGCUUUAUAAGAGUGUGCUCAGGGGAGCUUGGGGUCCAGGUUUCGUAGACGGGCGGUUGGCUUGCCCUGCUGGGAGGCGAGCGUAGGGUGUCGGGCAGGGGGCCGCCCAUGCUGGAGGCGGUGGCUCCCUAGUCCCGCAACACCGGCCCUGGCCCGGUGUUGCGGUGUUGCUCUCUCUCACACGACCUAUCGUGCGUAGCUUUGUGAAAGCAUCGGAGUGAUCAACCGAC